AUGACAAAUCUACUAAUCAGAACGUCGUAUUCGUUUAAUAUUUUCAAACAUUGCUACAGCACCGCCGCUAAAUCUGUCGCGUCUAUUCGGAUAAAUAAUGAGGACUAUGGCACCGAUGAUUAUACUAAUGUGACUCCCAAAAUACUCAGUUAUUUAAAUAGAAAUUUACACCUUCAAAAGGGUCAUCCACUAUCUCUAGUCCGGCAACGAAUAGUUAACUAUUUCUAUUCGUCGUUCACACACGGUGGGAACCCUUCUUUUAGUGUAUACGAUAACCUUAAGCCUAUCGUAUCUACGAAGCAAAAUUUCGACGAUUUGUUAAUCCCAGAGGACCAUGUUAGUAGAGCCAAGUCUGACUGCUAUUAUGUAAACAAAUCCCUGCUGUUACGAGCUCAUAUGACAGCACAUCAAAGUGAGCUACUUCGAGCAGGAUUGGAUAAUUUUCUUAUGAUUGGAGAUGUUUAUAGACGAGACGAAAUUGAUUCAACACACUUUCCAGUAUUCCAUCAGGUAGAUGCUGUAAGAUCCCAAAGAAAAGAACAGUUAUUUGAAAAUCACCAGGGGUUAGAAAUAUUUGAAAAGCAUUUCUUAGACCAAUCACAAUCUUUUAAGAAUUCAAUCAAUGAUCCAACAAAGCAAAGUUGCCACACACUAGAAGCCACUAAACUUAUGGAAAAUCAAUUAAAAAAUCAUCUACUUGGACUAGUCAAAGUAUUAUUCGGUGACAAUAUUAAACACAGAUGGGUGGAUGCCUAUUUUCCCUUUACCCAUCCGUCUUGGGAAAUGGAAAUUUUUUAUGAGGACAAAUGGAUGGAAGUCCUCGGAUGUGGCAUAGUACGAAAUGAAAUUUUAAUGAAUGCUGGACCAAAUAACAGUAUUGCAUAUGCAUUUGGGCUGGGUUUGGAACGUCUUGUUAUGGCUCUUUACAAAAUACCCGAUAUACGUCUCAUGUGGAGUACUGACUCAGGAUUCCUAACACAGUUUGAAAAUAAAGAUAUCAACGCAGAUAUAACUUAUAAGCCAGUAUCUUCAUAUCCACAAUGUGUUAACGAUCUGUCGUUUUGGCUACCAAAUGAAUUAACAAUAGAUACAUUUAUGAGUAAUGACUUUUAUGACUUGGUUAGAGAUGUUGGUGGCGAUAUUAUUGAACAAGUUAAGUUAAAAGACAAAUUUGUACAUCCAAAAACGAAGAAGCAAAGUUUGUGUUACAGCAUUGUAUAUAGACAUUUAGAACGAACUCUUACGCAAGCUGAAGUCAACCAAAUUCACAAGGAAAUUGAGAAAGCAGCGGUACAGUCUUUUGGUGUUGUUAUAAGAUGA